AUGGCCGCAGCACCAACCAUCACCGACGUCCAAGUGGAAUUCCUCCACUUUCCCGCGGUCGUUACUUCACCAGCCUCCGCCAAAACCUAUUUCCUCGGCGGCGCAGGGGAAAGAGGAUUGACGAUUGAGGGGAAAUUCAUAAAGUUCACAGCCAUCGGAGUAUACUUGGAGGAUAAAGCGGUGGCAUCACUCGCCACUAAGUGGAAGGGUAAACCUUCUGAAGAGUUGAUCCAGGCCCUCGACUUCUACAGAGAUAUAAUUUCGGGACCCUUUGAAAAACUGAUAAGAGGAUCGAAGAUUCUGCCAUUGAGUGGGCCAGAAUACUCAAAGAAGGUGAUGGAAAACUGCGUGGCUCACUUGAAGUCUGUUGGGACAUAUGGUGAUGCUGAAGCCGCAGCCAUUGGAGAGUUUGCAGAGGCCUUCAAGAACGUGAAUUUUCCACCUGGUGCCUCUGUUUUCUACAGGCAAUCACCUGAUGGAAUCUUGGGGCUUAGUUUCUCUGAAGAUGCAACGAUACCAGGAGAAGAGGCUGCAGUUAUAGCGAACAAGGCUGUAUCAGCUGCGGUAUUGGAGACUAUGAUCGGAGAACAUGCUGUCUCCCCUGACUUGAAACGCAGUUUGGCUUCACGAUUGCCUGUUGUAUUGAACGACGGCAUUAUAGUCUGA